GUGUGGCUGCCUUGUUGUAUUUCAUAAUUUACACAAAUUCCUUUUUGUGGGUCCUCAUUUAUAACUCUGCUGUCACAAUUAACAUUUCUUCAUCCAACGGGAGCGGAAGGAGUCUCGAUCGGGCGAGAUUACCUCUUUCUACAUUUUUUCAAUCUCGAACAACUUUAACAAAUAUGGGGUUCUUCUCCUUCUUUGGACGGCUCCUUUUUGCCUCCUUUUUCAUCCUCUCCGCCUGGCAGAUGUUUAAUGAGUUUGGCAAUAACGGUGGGCCAGCAGCUGCGGAAUUGUCUUCAAAGGUAGCUGUUCUGAGGAGAAAUUUAUCAUCCAAGCUGGCGGUUGCAAUACCUGAUAUUGAUUUUUCUCAGGUCAGACACUUGGUUGCUCUUUCUUUAUCUCUCAAAGGGAUUGGAGGUCUUCUGUUUGUUUUUGGCAGCAGAGUUGGAGCUUAUCUCCUGCUUCUGCACUUGGUUAUUAUCACCCCGGUUCUUUUCGAUUUCUUCAAUUUUAGUCUUCAGAAACCGAAUUUUGGUAUCCCGCUAAGUGAUUUCUUGCAGCACAUUGCACUUUUUGGUGCUCUGCUUUUCUUCUUAGGGAUGAAGAGCACAACAAGUCCAAAGAAGCCCUUGAAAAAGAAGACACAAAAAGCAAAAGCACAUUAGAUUUGUCAAAGAAGCAACGAUUGGCGAUUGGAUUAAUUUGCUCUGUCAUUCAGUUCUUAGGUUUACACACAUUUUCACCAUUGAUGCAGACAAGUUUUUUGUACUUCUUUUGUAGUUGGCUGUUUUGUUUUUCUUGGAUAUCUUCACUUCGUUGUUGAAUGAGUAGUUAUUCUCAAUUUGAGCUGCGGCA